ACACAGAGAAGUUAUCGGUGGGUUGAGCCUCAAACCUGUAAUGCUAAAAUCAGUGGCUCUGUAAGGUUACCUAAAGAUGGACCUCUGGUAGAGUGUCUUCCUUGUAAUCCUGGCAUGCAUAAACUGAAUGCUUCUCACUGCGGUUUCUGUAAGCCAAACCAAUUUGCAGAUCCUCUUGGUACCUGCCAUAACUGCCCAGCAUCAACGUCGCCUAACUACCACAUAGACUAUAGGUACUGGGAUGUGAUGCCUCCAGACAUGAUCACCCGCUGUCUUCUCACUGGAAUGGACAUCUGCACCAAAACUGCUGGAUGGAUACCUUCAGGUGACCAUCUGAGAACAGUCUUUGGUCUCAGUGACCACAGUGAUUUCCUUGUUCUUCAGCUUAAGGUUGCAGGCUUUCCCGGUCAACCUGGCACUGUAGGUGGCAAACCUAUCGCACUCAGCACAGUGACCUUUGACAUGGAAAUAAAAUGUCUCACAGCCUGCCAGCUUAUGUUUAUGUCAAAUGCCACAGGUGGAAGUACAGUCAUUCAGUCUUGGUAUGAAACCAGUCCAAGAAAGUUAUACAGUCAUGACAUCUUCACCAAUGAGUCUUUGGCUUUAAGCUGGGUUUUCCAGCCUGAUGAAUUUGGAUUUGGCUCAGCAGACAAUGAGACUCGGACACUGAGAAUGAACAACUUUGUCAAGAUUUACAGCAUUGCUGUGACUAAAACUACACAAGGUGCUGCCACCUUGUGUCAGUCUUGCCCUGAAGGGAAAACGCGGGAUGGAUGUAUCCCAUGCCCUGAUGGCCAUUAUAUGGACCCAGAAUCACAAAGCUGUGAGCCUUGUCCAUUUGGCACAAUUCUGCCCAGCAGCAACUCUUGGGGCAAGGAUUCCUGCAAACCUUGUGGCCCUGGCUUGCAUCCAGAAGCGGGCCGGUCAUGCAGAUCUGACUGUCACUUUAUGGAUCAUCUGGGCAGAGAUUUUGACUUCACUGAGCUUGACAAUGUGGUUUCUGUAACUGGGUCCCGCUUGUUCACUGCCAGUGGUACACAGUACUACCAUAGCUUUAACAUUUCCCUGUGUAACAGUGGGAACAAGGCCCUGCCGUUGUGUGUUAACAACAUAACUUCUCAGUCAGUGAUACAGAACCAGCUCAAGUCACUGUCCAGCAUGGUAUGUAGGUCAACACUGAUACCCCAGGGGGACCCAGAAAAGCCUGUUGUCUCCACACAACCUGUCAGCAUCGGAGGCCACUUGACGAAGAUUGUGACCAACAUAAGCUUGCAUGGGUUGUACAUGGAGGAGGGCUUUAACUUUCAUGACACAGAGAAGAACAUUCACUUCUAUUAUGAUUCCAGCAGCUCUACUAGUGCCUGCCCAAAGGGACGAACUACCAUCAUCAGUCUUCGCUGUGAUGCAACCCAAACCAGCACUGGAAUCAUCGACUUGCCACCAAAAUGUACUGACGGUACUUGUCAUGGGUGCACAUUCCACUUCUUGUGGCGAACGAUUCAUGCAUGUCCUAGGUGUCGCAGGGAGGACUACAAGAUAGUCAAGGGAGAGUGUGUCCAUGGAGAACAGUUGAUACAUUACUUCCCCCCAGAAGAUUGUCUACAGCUGCCAGAAGAAGCAUUUUUACCAAUGACUCAAAAGUGCACAGUUUUGCCAUUUGUGGUUGUGGUUGCUAUUCCAAUCUCUGUUGUAGUGGGAAUUGUUUUGAUGUUUCUACUUAUUUACUGCUGGUCCAGAAACAAGAAACUGGAGUACAAGUACAUGAAGUUGGUAGCGACAUCAGGUGGCAAUGAGGGAGAACUCCCAGCUGCUGACACCUGCGGCAUGGAGGAUGACGAAGAGGAUGUUCAUUACCAGAGUCAGAGAGCUACCGCAACUUUCUUUGAUAAAAUCAAAAACAAGUUUUUCGUCGGCACAUUUAAGGAUGAUGAAAAUCCAUUUGUGGCAGUGAGAAUGUCAGAGAAGAUGUCACUGACAUAG